AUGAACACUGAACACACAGGAGGAGGAUCAAAGAGGACCACCUGCAGGAGGAUCAAAGAGGAACACCUGCAGGAGGAUCAGAGAGGAACACCUGCAGGAGGAUCAAAGAGGACCACCUGGAGGAGGAUCAAAGAGGACCACCUGGAUCACAGAGGAACACCUGCAGGAGGAUCAAAGAGGACCACCUGCAGGAGGAUCAAAGAGGACCACCUGGAUCACAGAGGAACACCUGCAGGAGGAUCAAAGAGGACCACCUGCAGGAGGAUCAGAGAGGAACACCUGCAGGAGGAUCAGAGAGGAACACCUGCAGGAGGAUCAGAGAGGACCACCUGGAUCACAGAGGAACACCUGCAGGAGGAUCAGAGAGGACCACCUGCAGGAGGAUCAGAGAGGAAAACCUGCAGGAGGAUCAAAGAGGAACACCUGCAGGAGGAUCAAAGAGGACCACCUGCAGGAGGAUCAGAGAGAACCACCUGCAGGAGGAUCAAAGAGGACCACCUGCAGGAAGAUCAAAGAGGAACCGCAGGAGGAUCAGAGAGGACCACCUGCAGGAGGAUCAAAGAGGACCACCUGCAGGAGGAUCAAAGAGGACCACCUGCAGGAAGAUCAAAGAGGAACACCUGCAGGAAGAUCAAAGAGGAACACCUGCAGGAGGAUCAGAGAGGAACACCUGCAGGAGGAUCAAAGAGGACCACCUGCAGGAAGAUCAAAGAGGAACACCUGCAGGAGGAUCAGAGAGGAACACCUGCAGGAGGAUCAAAGAGGACCACCUGCAGGAGGAUCAAAGAGGACCACCUGCAGGAGGAUCAGAGAGGACCACCUGCAGGAGGAUCAAAGAGGAACACCUGCAGGAGGAUCAAAGAGGAACACCUGCAGGAGGAUCAGAGAGGAAAACCUGCAGGAGGAUCAGAGAGGAACACCUGCAGGAGGAUCAAAGAGGAUCACCUGCAGGAGGAUCAGAGAGGACCACCUGCAGGAGGAUCAGAGAGGACCACCUGCAGGAGGAUCAGAGAGGACCACCUGCAGGAGGAUCAGAGAGGACCACCUGCAGGAGGAUCAAAGACGACCACCUGCAGGAGGAUCAAAGAGGACCACCUGCAGGAGGAUCAAAGAAGACCACCUGCAGGAGGAUCAGAGAGGACCACCUGCAGGAGGAUCAGAGAGGAAAACCUGCAGGAGGAUCAGAGAGGACCACCUGCAGGAGGAUCAGAGAGGACCACCUGCAGGAGGAUCAAAGAGGACCACCUGCAGGAGGAUCAAAGAGGACCACCUGCAGGAGGAUCAAAGAGGACCACCUGCAGGAGGAUCAAAGAGGAACACCUGCAGGAGGAUCAGAGAGGAACACCUGCAGGAGGAUCAGAGAGGACCACCUGGAUCACAGAGGAACACCUGCAGGAGGAUCAGAGAGGACCACCUGCAGGAGGAUCAGAGAGGACCACCUGCAGGAGGAUCAGAGAGGAAAACCUGCAGGAGGAUCAGAGAGGAACACCUGCAGGAGGAUCAAAGAGGAACACCUGCAGGAGGAUCAAAGAGGACCACCUGCAGGAGGAUCAGAGAGAACCACCUGCAGGAGGAUCAAAGAGGACCACCUGCAGGAAGAUCAAAGAGGAACACCUGCAGGAGGAUCAGAGAGGACCACCUGCAGGAGGAUCAAAGAGGACCACCUGCAGGAGGAUCAAAGAGGACCACCUGCAGGAAGAUCAAAGAGGAACACCUGCAGGAGGAUCAGAGAGGAACACCUGCAGGAGGAUCAAAGAGGACCACCUGCAGGAGGAUCAAAGAGGACCACCUGCAGGAGGAUCAGAGAGGACCACCUGCAGGAGGAUCAAAGAGGACCACCUGCAGGAGGAUCAAAGAGGAACACCUGCAGGAGGAUCAGAGAGGAAAACCUGCAGGAGGAUCAGAGAGGAACACCUGCAGGAGGAUCAAAGAGGAUCACCUGCAGGAGGAUCAGAGAGGACCACCUGCAGGAGGAUCAGAGAGGACCACCUGCAGGAGGAUCAAAGACGACCACCUGCAGGAGGAUCAAAGAGGACCACCUGCAGGAGGAUCAAAGAAGACCACCUGCAGGAGGAUCAGAGAGGACCACCUGCAGGAGGAUCAGAGAGGAAAACCUGCAGGAGGAUCAGAGAGGACCACCUGCAGGAGGAUCAGAGAGGACCACCUGCAGGAGGAUCAAAGAGGACCACCUGCAGGAGGAUCAAAGAGGACCACCUGCAGGAGGAUCAAAGAGGACCACCUGCAGGAGGAUCAAAGAGGACCACCUGCAGGAGGAUCAAAGACGACCACCUGCAGGAGGAUCAGAGAGGACCACCUGCAGGAGGAUCAAAGAGGACCACCUGCAGGAGGAUCAGAGAGGACCACCUGCAGGAGGAUCAAGGAGGAUCAAAGAGGACCACCUGCAGGAGGAUCAGAGAGGACCACCUGCAGGAUCAGACCCAGAAAUAG